AUGAUCUUCGAUCAGUGUCGUGCUCAGUGUCGAUGUUCCCACUGUGAACAUAAUUCAGCUAACACGCAGAGAACACUUUCAGUGAAUGGAAAAAAAUUUCCAGCAUGCAAAACGAAGGAUAUCAUGAAGUCUUCACCUCUUUCCAAGGAUCAAAUGUACAUGAAAUACUUACAAAGUACUUUAAACAAACGUGCGCUCAUGGUUAGCUCCAAGAAUGCAGCCAAGUUUAUCCCCGACGAGCAGAUCGUAAGCAGCCGAAAGCGACGUGAAGCAAAGGAAGCUGCAAUAGCCUCUCAGCAGUUUCCUCUGCGCCGACGAGAUCGUCUGGAGGAGCUUCUCAUUAUUGAGCAUAAGAUGCGUCUAAAAGAGGAAGAACGACUCCGUUUGGAGCGUCUCAAGCUUGGCAUCCUUGACAAUCCUGAGGAGGUAAUGAACAAUCAAGAAGUAUCUGACUCGACCAAAGACGCCACAACCCAAGCCCCUGCCUUAACUGACAAGAAUAGCUCAAGUGGCCGCGCGACGCCGCCGUCGCGUUGCUCAGCGGAACGUGAUCUGAAUACGACGCUACAUGAGAUCAAGGACAUCUUGGAUAAUGAGACUGAAUUUCCACCAGGUAAACAGCUAAGUAAUCAGCAUUUCACAAAAUUAUACCAUCUAGUCCAAAAUCAUGAUAAGAAAAACUCCAAAAAAAAGAUGAUGUGUCCAAAUCAACCGCAUCUCUGCAACCACUGUUUUGACAUCGAUGUUCAAGCACGGCACUUAUGUCCUAGUGCAUCUCUAGGUUCCGUAGCCUACAAUGAGACAGGGAAGGUCAUCAACCCCGAGGAGGGUAUUUGCCUUGGUACCGAAACCCAAAGUGGUCCAGGUGGCACCUAUACCGCGGACGACGUCACACGCUUUAUAGCAUGCAAUUCGCACUUGCAAAAUUACAAUCCGCAUCCUUAUGGUACCGGGGUCGUAUUUAUGCCCCCUUCCUUAACGGGCAAUCACGGGGAUGCGAAAGCGAAGACAAAUGGAAAUCACACUAAAUUUCAACCCCGUUUUAAUAAUAACAUCACACCUGAGGAACCGGUUAUACCGGAGCUGCAGUACCCUGGGAGCACCUACAAUGUGUACGAUGAACCUGCCACUGCUGGAAAGCCCACUAAGAAUAUCGCUCUCACUACCGCCACCGUGAAGCAUGGUGUAAUUGAUCCUGAUUACAAUGCUACAGAAUAUGCCAACUUUGCCCACCGUACUGAACUCGACACUGAGCCAGCUGAGGAUAAGUCUAAACCUGUGGGAAAAUCAUCAUCAUCGUUAUGGCGCACUACCAAUCAGGUACGCGAUAUGGACAUGGAGCGCUUUUUGACGUUUCAGAAGAUGCUGAAAGACACUACUCGAAAGGUAUACGAAUCAACGGCUCCACACAGAGUUGUUGAAAGUAGAGUUUAG